GCCUCUGAGAUCAGCUCUAGAAAAACUGUUUGAGAAGUAUGCAGACCGGGCAACUGAGUUGGUGUCGAUGGGAUCCACUCAAGUGAAUGAAAAUUUUAACCACAUGGUCUCUAGCAAAGCGCCUAAAAGAAUGUGAAUAAAAGACUGACAAUGUCUCCUGGAAGAUACACCCUCAAGCAUUCCAGGAUCCUACAAAGCAGACUGAAGCUGAAGCGAUUACAACAAGCAAAGCGGAGCACAAAGCGGAGGUGCUUAGAGCUGAAGACAGAGCGGUCUGCAAAAGAUGCAUCACAAUCUGUUCUUGAAGCGGAUACAUACAGCAGCAAAAUUGGUUUGAGUGAUGAAGUUGAUUUGGAGGACAUUUCUUUGAAUAAAUUAGAUCAACUACCAAGUACCAACAAAUCUUACAUGGUAUUUGACCUAGAGACUACUGGUUUAGCCAGGACAUCAGACAUUGUUCAGAUUGCAGCUGUAUGUGGAGAGAGAGAGUUCAACAUGUACUUGACACCGCAGUCCCCAAUUAGUCUUGAUGCAUCUGCAGCAACUGGCCUUACUUUUGUUGGUGGUGUGCUGAAGCAUAAUGGCAAGAAGGUGGACCAUAAAGAGCCCUUUGAAGGACUUCAGCAGUUUGUUGAAUUUUUGAAGACUGUUGAUUGUAAACCUAUUUUGGUUGGGCACAAUAUACAAUGUUUUGACCUACCAGUGUUAAUGAAUCAGCUAGUCAAAUGUAAAUUACUUGACAGUUUUGCUAGCACUGUCACUGGUUUUAUAGAUACCUUACAAGUGUCUAGGAAAUCUUUCAGCAAAGAUGAUGUUAAAGAUUUUAAACAAGUCACUCUUGUAAAUACUUUCAUUGGAAAAGAUUAUGAAGCUCAUAAUGCUAUUGCUGAUGUGAAGGCAUUGAGGGAACUUUUUGAAAUGAAGUUGUUGGCUCUGUGUUCAGCUAAUGAUGUGUUCACAUUGAAUUAUUAUACCAUAAAGAAGUCUUUAGAGCCCCUUGUUAAGGCAAAGAUUGUAUCUUCCAUGAUUUCGAAGAAGUUGAUUGCAAAUUCUCUUAGUUUGUCUAAAUUGGUGCUAACCCACAAGAGGGAUCCACAUAAUGGGUUACGAAAUGUUUUUAGUGAACCAUUAUCAGGUUCAAAGCAGCCUAGAAUAUCCAAGUCAUCUAAUGUAAUCAACAAAUUGGUUGAAUAUUUGAAUAGCUGUGAAUGAUUACUGUUUGUAUGUAUUUUAAUUUAGACAAUACAGUGUGUAAAAUAAAGGUCUAAAAACUUGUAUGGGAGAUUUCAGUCAACACUCAACCUAACAUUAGACUGUAUUUUUUUUAUGCUGACUGUUAAUAUUCUGUUGUAUACUAAUUUUUUGUGUAUACUGUUGAACACAUAAUUGGAUGUAUUUUGACUCAAUGUAGUGGAAAGAGUAAUGCUUCAAAAUUGAUGACUGAUUAGACUGUGGAUUUUCAUUUCAUUUUUUACUUGAAAAACAGAUACAUGUACAUGUAUAAUAUGUGAAAUAUAUCUGUAAUUAAUGGCACACAGAAAGUAUUAUAGGUUUUAAAAUUAUAUUAUAUUCUAAAGAAUGUUGUUAUUCUUUUGCAGUUAUGCAUCUAUGAAAUGAAAUAAAAGUCAUCAAUAGCUUU